AGUGCAUAAUUUUUACUGAGCCUUUCAUUUGUGAUCUACGCGCAACCAGUCAUCUAAAAAUUUACAAACAUAUGUGACCUGGUCAACAACUUCCACGUUCAGCUUAACAGUUUACGCCCUUCGGAAAAUAUACAGAUCUAACUGUCACUUAAGAGUGCAUAAUUUAGCCCUAAGCCCUUAGACUAAUUUCCUUCUUGCCUGUUUGAAGCCGCGUUGUGUUACCCAGCCGAAGGGGGCCCGCCGGGGUCCCUGCGCUAGCGGCGCAGCACAAUGUUUGGCAAAAUACUGAGGGCAGGAAAAGGGAGUCAUGGGCUGAAGUAUAGAAUUGAUGUGCAAGUAACUCAGCUGGAGAACUUGCCCACAACCAUAAGGAAAUGCCGGGUAGUAUGGGCAAGGAGCGCCAAGAUUCAAGUAACAGAAGCGAAGGAUGUCCGAGGAAGCGUCGCAUCCUUCAAGCAGACCCUUACCCAGGUGUCGACUAUGUUCAAGGAUAAGGCCGGAAAACUCGAACCCAAGGAGUACGAGUUCAAGAUCCAGGUGCCCGGGAAGAGCAGCAGCGAUGCUCCCGUCACUAUUGGCAAGGCGACCCUGGACAUGGCCAAAUACUGCAGCGACGAGACGACGACGCAGAAUGCCAUGUUGCCCAUCACUUUUAAGGUUGGCGGCACCACCACGGGGUACUUGAAGAUGGUCAUUACCACGGUCUUUCUUGGGGACGCCAACGAGGACGGACUGACGGAGGUGUCCGGCAUGACCGGCCUCACCUCCGACCAUGGGUCUAUGCGCGAGCAGGACUUAGACGGUUUUGGCGAUGAUGAGCAUGCGCGGUUCAACAAGAAGGCCCGGAGCAGGCGUGACGACGGAGCUUCGUCCUCGACUGGGACAUCUGGCCGCAGCAGCAAAGCCGACGCGCGCAGCAGCCAGCGCAAGCCGCUGCCACCCAUGGCGGAGGAGGACGACUCGGACCUGGAGGACGAGCCCGAGGCGUCUCCGCAGCCGCCUAAGGCCAGCCGCAAGAAGCCCGCCGCACAGCCUGCAGAGGAUGCUGCCGGCGACGGUGAUGACAACCCUUUCGCCAAGAAGGUCUCCAAGCCGCCCGCCGCCAGGAAGCCCCCGCCGCCCAAGAAGUGGGCCGAUGUCGAUGACGUGUCGCCUCUUAGCUCCGACAUUUCGGAUUCGGAGGCACCUAGGCCGACCGUCAGGGCAAAACCAAAGGAGCCUGAGGUUCCCCUCGACGACAUGAAGGCGUCACUUUUCGCCACCAAGAAGACAAACUCCGCCGGACGAGCGGCGGCAGCAGCUGCAGCAACCGCAGCGACAGCAGCAGCUGGUCCUUCCUCCAGCAAGGCAGCGGGUGCUGGCAGCAAGUCGGCGGCAGCUGGCGGCAAGGCUGGCAAGGCAGCAGCGCCGCCACCGGCCAUGGCCGAUGAGGACGAGGACCAGCUCCGCAACGACCUCUUCUCCGCCAAGCCGAAGGGUGGCGCGGCAGCAGCUGCCAGCAGCAAACCCAGUAGGGCUCCUACGCCGCCAGCGGUGGAGGACGAGGAUGAGGACCAGCUUCGAAACGACCUCUUCUCAGCCAAGCCACGAGGUGGCGCAGCAGCGGCAGCAACCAAGUCUGCGGCUUCUAGGAGCGGUACGGCUUCAGCAGGCGGCUCGGCGGGCACGUCUUCGGGAGGAGGUGCGAGGAGUGGUUCCAGAGCACCGCCGCCACCGCAAUCGGAUGAGGAGGAUGACAGCGACUCGGGUCCCUCGACGAGCGCUGCGGCGCCGCCCGCCAGGUCGAAGUCUCGCGGCAGGGCGGCGGAAGCGGCGGAGGCAGCGGCGGCCACCACGGGCGCAUCUGCGCUUGCAAGGGCUGGGUCGGCGAAGCCACCAGCAUCUAGGGCUGGAUCCUCUGGGGAGGUGGAGCAGCUGCGGCAGCGGGUCUCGCAGCUGGAGGAGCAGCUUGAGGAGGAGAAGGCGGCCAAGGACGACCUGAACCAAAAGAUGCAGAAGUACGUGGACAAGAUUGCUGACCUGGAAGACCAGUUAGCAGAGGGCAACGAGCUGUACGCCCAGAUGAAGGACAUGGAGGCCAAGUACCAGGCUGAGAUGAAGGACCUCAUGGAGCGGCACCUCGCGGAGGUGGCUGACCUGGAGGAGCAGCACCGCGGCGAGCUGGCGGAGCUGCGCGCGGAGCUGCAGGAGGCCACCAGCAGCGGGCGAGUUGCUGAUGUCAGCAGCGCUGAGGAGUUGAAGCGGUUGGAGGCUGAGCUGGCAGAGCAGCAGGCGCUGCUCAAGUCGCGUACCGCCAAGCUGGAAGCUGACUCUGCUGCUGCCAUUGCGGCACGGCAGGCGGCGGAGGCCAAGUUGGCCGAUGCCAACAAGAUGAUUGACGACAGCUUGUUGGUGGCGACCAAGCACCAGCAGGAGAACACGGUCCUGCAGGAGGAGGUUGCCCGCCUCAAGCGGCAGCUCGAGGACGCCUCCAUGUGGGACACCAGCGCUGCUGCGGCGGCAGUGACGGCGACCUUAAACAACGGGCGGCGGUCCUCAGAAGACGAGGAGGAGUUGGAGGAGCUUCGGGAGAAGGUCGAGGAGCUGCAGGAGGAAAACGCACGGCUGCAAAAGCUGAACGAGGCCGCUGUACAAGCGGCGGCGGACUUGCUCCUCGACAUCCGGGCGCUGACUCAAGAAUUCCAAGGCGAUGACAACUGCUGGAGCGACACGGGACUCGCCGCGGUUGACGAGCUGGCACUUGGUGUUCGUUGCCUAUGCAACGCCUACAUCCUUAAGACCGGCCAAUUGCAGGAGAUGGAGGCAAGGCUUAACGACAUGUCACAACAACUGGCGGCGAGCAACGGCUCAGACCGUUCCUCGGACGGCGCUCGCAACAGCCGGAGCGUCAAGCCUCACGAGCUGCUCUCACGCGUGCAGCAACUGACGGCUGAGCGCGAUGCCCUGACGGAGAAGCUGGAGAGCCAACGCCGGGCCGUCGCUGGUGCGGCUGCUGCUCAGCAGCUCAUCAACGAGCUGCGGCAGCAGGUGGACGAGCUCACGGUUGAGAAGGAAGCUGUGGAGCGGUUCAAGAUGUCCACGAUAGCAGAUCUGCGACGUCAAAAUGAUGAGUUGCGGAGCAGUCUGCGGUCCCUGUCCGUCACGGCGUCGCCGCGGCAGGGCAUGGAAGACGCGUUGGUCGAUGGCUUGCCAACAACGCCUGCGGGCGUGCGUGCCUCCUUUGCAGGCGCAGCCGCCGCGCAUUUGGCGGCGGGCAUUGCUGCCGACAGCAGCAGCGACGGCAACUGGCAGGAGUUGGAAUCCCUGAUGGCGCAGUUCACGGCGGACCGCACCGAGCUGCGGGGGCAGGUCGAGCAGCUAAAGGCUGACCGCUCGGACCUGCGGGGGCAACUGAAGCAGCUCAGGGCUGAGAAGGCCGCGCUGGAGCAGCAGCUUCAAGACCUCCAGGCGGAGCGCGCUGCCGAGCCGGUGGCAGCGACUAGCAUGGGUGGUGGCCGUCGGCGGUCUGGGCAGCACUCGGGUGCUCAUCACCAGCACCAUCGAACAGAGGAGAACGAGUCCGACUCUGCUCACCUUCGUGCCGAGGUUGAGAGACUCCAAGCGCAGCUGGCGGAGCUGUCGGAAGCUGACGCGGUCAUCAAGGAGUGGUCGGACUAUGCGGACGGCCUGUUAGCUGACAAGACGCGGCUGGAGGAGCGGCUGCAGGAGCUGACACAGCAGCUGGAGGCGGAGGCUGCGGCUGCUGCAGCGGCCUCCGCCAGGAUUGCUGCCGCCGAGCGGCGCACAGCGGAGCUGGAAGGCAAGGCUGCAGAGUUCGAGCGCCGAGCCGCCGACGCUGAGCGUGAAGUUGGCGACGCGCAACGCCGGGCAGAGGUGGCUGAGUCCAGAGUGAAGGCUGCAGAGUACAGGGCAGAGGAGGCUGCUGCGGCGGCGGAGCGGUUGCAAGAGCAGCUGGCGGCGUUGGAGUCCUCGUCUGGGGGCUUGACGGCCGCCGACGCGGGUGGAACAACGUGGGGUGACGAGCUGUACUACCAGCCUGCAGACAGCGCCGAGGUCUUGGCGUUGCGGCAGGAGAUAGCGCGCUUGGAGGAGUCCUUAUCAGGGCUGAGGACGCAGCUAAGGGUUUCAAUCUCGAGGGAGGCCAGCGCUGGAGGCGCUGUGCCCUCUGUUUGUAUGGCACUAGAACCGCGUGUACGUCACCUCCACGGUGAUCACGAGGCAAGCCGGUCAGUCCGGUCGUCCCUCGAAGGGGAGUGGCGUGAAGGUGUUGCGCGGGGUUCUGGCAGUGGUUCGCCGGUUCGGGAAUCCGGGAGCGGAGCGGAGGCAGGGCCUGAUCCACCGGCCCGUGGUUGGGAUGCGGAGAUGGAGCAGCUGCGCGCUCGCAACGCCUCUCUGGAGGCUGCUGUGGCCGGGCUGCAGGCGAGCCUCGCGCUUGCAUCGCAGCAGCCGGAACUCGGCAGCAGCGGCCGGCGGAACGGCCCCUCCUCCAUGCAACGGCAGGUUGAGGACCUCAAGUCUCAAUUAGCAGACGCCUUGCAGGUGAAGGGCGAGCUGGAAAGCACGGUCGUGCUUCUUCGCUCCGAGCUAGAGCGCGUGCCUCUCGUACAACACGCUUCAAGUGGUGGCGACGCACAUGACGAUCCCAGGAGAUCCUCGGGCAGCGGGGCAGACGCAAUCGCAAAGGUUUCGUCAAGUGAAGCCCUGCAGCUCAGGCAGGAGGCGGAGGCCUUGGAGGCGGAGGUGGCUCGCCUGGAGGAGGAGUGCUCCUCGCUCAACGCAACCGUGGGGGGGCUGCGGUCUGACGUUGCACGACUGCAGGAGGAGAAGCUUGACGCGCAACAUAACGUCCGCCGCCUGUCGGUUGAGAUGGAGGAGCUCGCGGAGGCACUGGAGUCGUCCAACAGCGAGAACGAGCGCCUGUCUCUGGAGGUCCUCAACCUCCGAGCGCAACUGGAAAGCCUCGAGGAGCGGCAGACCGGAGACGGCACCGCCUCCCUCCGCACGCACUCGGUGCACUCGAGCGCUAGCGCGCCGGCAGCCAGCAGCCAUUGCAGUGAAGCAGGUGGACCGGCGCCGACUCAGCAGGCGCGGUCGGACCUAGAAGCUGCGGAAAGUGAGCUGGCGGCUGCACGCGCAGCAGCCCGGGAGCUUGUAUCGCAGCUCGAGGCCGACAGGGCUGGUGAUGGUGGCUUUGGCGAUGAGCCUGCGUUUGGAGGUGUUGACGAGGAACAAGAUUUGGCGCUUGCACUCAAGGCAUUGCGGGCCAAGGUACUGGAGCUGCAACAGCAGAGCCGCUUACAGCACCCCCAGCGCUCCUCUGACCCCGCGGGCGCCCCGGGUCCAGCUCAUGCCGCCGCGGAGCAGCUCGCCAAGGCCACCGCCCGCAUCGACGAGCUGGAGCAGCUGCUAGAGAACGCCGAGAUCGAGAACCAGCACCUCACGGAGCAGCUGGAGGAGUGCCUGACGGACGGUCGCAAGGGCGCCGACAGCGCGGGCUCGGUGGCGGAGGAGUGCCAGUCGUCGUACGGCGGAUCCGUCGCCGCCGGCGCCACGGGCGGUAACAACCCCUACAGCUACGGCCAUGCGAAUACCCUGGCGUUGUCCGCGUUUGAGCAGCGGUUAGCCAUGGCUGAGGGUCGGCGUGACGAGCUGAGUGCGGCGUUGGAUGAAGCGCUCGCUGCGAAUCGGCGGCUGGAAGCGGAUGUGGCGGAGUUGCAGCGGCAGCUUACGUCAGGCCGCCGCCGGCGCAAUCCGCUCCCGCUUGACGAUGACGACGACGAGUGGCCCUCUGGACAGGUCUCCACCAGGGGCCGCGCGGGGCGCGCAGCGUCGGAGCCGGAUGAGAACCUCAAGAAGCGCGUUGAGGAGCUGCAGGCCGCCAACCGCAAGCUGGAGUCGGUGUGCGACGACUUGGAGGAGAAGGCGCAGGCUGCGCAGGAGCGCGCGGAAAAGCUGCAAACAGAGCUGCAGGACGCCAAGGAGCGCAUUCGCGGUCUCGAAGCGGCGCUAGCUUCAGCCACAGCUGCGUCAGCGGCACUGCAGAAGCGGAUUGAGGAGGAGGCUGCGGAGGCAGGCAAGCGACAAGCCAAGGACAAGUCCGCGGAACUGGAGCUGCGGGUCGCUCGUCUGGCGCGCGAGAAGGCGGCGCUGGAGGAGCAGCUGGCGGAGGAGCGGGCCACACGGCAGGAGCUGGAGGAGACCCUGAAGGACAAGCUGGAUCGCGCCGGUGACGACGAGGCCGCUGAGACGGUCGCUGCGUUCGAGGUCAAGUACAACCGCCUGAAGGAGCGGUACAAGAUGCUUGAGGAAAGCAGCCAGGAGGAGAUUGACGAGCUGACGGACCAGCAGACGGAGGCGCAGUCCAAGGCCGCCGACCUGCAGCGCCAAGUCAAGCAACUGCAAACGCAACUGUCCCAGAACCGCAACGCCGGCAGCAACACUGCCGCAAACGCCGAGGAGUUGCGCAACCUGCGCAGCGAGAACGAGCGUCUGGUUCAGCAGCUGGUGUCCAAGACCAUGGAGCUUGCGGAGCUCAGCGAGAGCGAGAUCACCCUCAAACGCGAGCUGGCGCGGCUGCGUGAGGUAAACAUGAAGCUGGCGCAGAAGGCCACCACGCUGGAGGCCCAGGCGGCGAUGGCGCAGGCGGCGCUGAACAGCAACAGCAAGCCGGCAAAGGGAGCGAAGAAGUAGAGCAGGCGCAGAUGAGGAAUGUGGGGAGAUGUGUGUUAAGAAAAGUGGCCGCGAUGUGUGUGUGUGGGGGUCUUGAGCCGCGACGUGAGUAGCGGGUACUGGAGCGUGAAUGCGAGGGCAUUUCGUAGCAACGACACGUUACAUAUUAAUGACCCGUGCAUUUUGGCACAUUGCCAUCCCGUCGUCCGGACUGGUACCAACAUUUACUGUCAACACUCGGCGUUUCGGUGGUCAAGGCACGCGCUUCUGACGCGAAUUCUGUACAAAGUAAUGUCUUAGCAGCUUUCCCGAGUCAUGGCUACACAACUACAUAUCCAGCAGGCUGGAAAGCCAUGCACGGUCACUUUUUGUAAGGUGUCGCCAGUCAAAAA